UUUCAGCACCUUGGAGAGCACCCUCAUAUAACUCAGAUGGGAGUGCUUGCCCUUUACUCAUUUAUUUCUCAAACUCUGCUUUAGAUACUCCGGCUACAGCAAUAACGAUGGAUCGACAAGGAUUCGCGCCCUAAUGCAUUGUGGAAGUGCUUUGGCAUGUGUGACAGUACGUCGUGUCGUGAAAUGAAAUGUCUGCGUACGUACAUUCCUGCAGGCAUGUGCAUGUGUGUCUUUCGUGCGCUGAUGGAGCCGUGUGCUCUUGGCUCUAGGGAGGGACUCCCCUCCGCCUCCCUCACUCGCAGAAAGAUCACCAACUCCACAGCUCGGAUUUACAUAUCCUGCGCGGGGUGGAUCAGAGACCACUCCACUGGCGAGGCUGCACCAUGAUGCCCAUCGCGCACCACAAGCCCCUCCGCGCACCGAGCGCAUCGUUCAGCUCAGACGCAACGUUCGCCUACGACUCGUUCCUUCAGUCUAUGUUCCCGUCCAGUUCAGGACCGCGUCCGGUGAGGAUGGUAGCUCUACAACGCGGUAGACAUUGCAGUGAGACGCCUUGCACUGCGCUCAUCCACGGCGCGCAUGGAGCACUGGACUGCAGUUACACUUGAACGACAAAUGGAUGAUAUAUAUAACACCGGGAAGUACCUUCCUUCGGUGCACGAGGGUGACCCCGGGGCAGCACCUCUCGGAGAGACGAUGUGGAACGUCACCGAAACGAAGGUAACAUCCCACGGCCGAAAGGAGUUACUCUCCAGGACAGUGACGGGUUGCUUGCUUGCACUGCUGAUCCUGUGGACCCUGUUGGGUAACAUUAUGGUUUGCUCCGCGGUGCUGCGUUUUCGCCACCUUCGGACCAAAGUCACCAAUAUUUUCAUCGUGUCCUUGGCGUUAUCGGAUUUAUUUGUGGCGGUGCUGGUGAUGCCGUGGAAGGCCGUUGCCGAGGUGGCGGGGUAUUGGCCUUUUGGUACUUUCUGUAACGUGUGGGUGGCUUUUGACAUUAUGUGCUCCACGGCGUCGAUCCUUAACCUCUGCAUCAUCAGCGUGGAUAGAUACUGGGCCAUCUCGAGUCCCUUCCGAUACGAGAGGAAAAUGACCCAGCGAGUGGCCUUCGUGAUGAUCAGCGUCACGUGGACGUUGUCUGUCAUCAUCUCAUUCAUACCCGUCCAACUUAACUGGCACAAAGCCAGCGAUGACGAAAUGACCGGGACGCACAGCAACUCUUCCGCUGUUGAGCCAAAAGAGGAGAACUGCGACUCGAGUCUUAACAGAGAAUACGCGAUAUCGUCGUCCUUGAUCAGUUUCUACAUCCCCGUGGCGAUCAUGAUUGUGACUUACACCCGAAUUUACCGGAUCGCCCAGAUCCAGAUCCGGAGGAUCGCGUCCCUGGAGCGGGCGGCUGAGCACGCACAGAGCUGCAGGAGCAAUAGGUUAGAGUGCCAACACCACAACACCUUGAAAACAUCCAUUAAAAGGGAAACCAAAGUUCUAAAAACCCUGUCCGUGAUCAUGGGUGUCUUCGUGUGCUGCUGGCUGCCCUUCUUUAUCCUCAACUGCAUGGUCCCCUUCUGCGAGAAGCCAACCGCAGAGCACCCGGCCCCGGGGCUGCCGUGCGUCAGCGAGACCACCUUCGAUGUGUUCGUGUGGUUCGGGUGGACCAACUCCUCGCUCAACCCCAUCAUUUACGCGUUCAACGCUGAGUUCAGGAAGGCUUUCGCGAGUCUCCUGGGCUGUCGCAACUUCUGCUCCAACACGCCAGUAGAAACGGUUAAUAUUAGCAACGAGCUGGUCUCAUACAAUCAGGACACCCUGACCCACAAGGAAAUAGUGAACGCGUACGUGAAUAUGAUUCCAAACGUUGUGGAAUGCAUUGACCACGAGGAGACGUUCGACCGAAUAUCACAGCUUUCCCAUAAUAAUGAAAUCGCCACUGACUCGGUUUGCGACCUGGACGACUGUGAGGCAGAUAUCAGUCUUGACAGAAUGUCAUCGUUUACACCUAAUGGGAUACACUGAUUCCAACUGCACCAUCAUCCCGUGCGUAAAAGGAUGUAUCGCUUCGUGUUUAAGAUGUAUUGAUGUUAUCCCAUACAAAAAAAAGUGAUGUAAUAGGUAUUCAAUAACAUUACACGUGGAGUUCUGUGUUCAUUUGUCAAAUGGUUGUGGCUGCCACAUAUUUCGAGCACUUCAAAAUGGGGGAAACAAAUGCUUGAGCUGCAAUGGUGUUUUUCCAGUUGUUUGGUUUCAUUCUACUUGCCACAUUGAAUGGAAAUGUUUGUAAAGUUUUGCUGCUCAAUGACCUACCUGCCCUUUCCAUGAGUAACACAACCUUAAAAUGAAAAUGCAGUCGUUCCAAAGCCUUAUAAAUGGCCUUGCUUGGGUGAGGACACUGUGGAAUGUGUCUUGUUGAAACGACACAAUGCCAAAAUGCAGUAUUAGUAUACAUUUGUGUUGUGUUCAACCUCUCUGUAUGCUGUUGUGGGUGCCAACAUGUGUGCCCCAGGUUUAAUGCAGUGAACCACAUGUGUUGGUGCAGACCAAGACAGGCUUUGAUGAUCUGUUGAUGCUGAACAUACGUACACCAAAAUACAGUAUCUUUAUUAAUCGUUACAAAUAAUGGUGGAUAUUUCUAUAAAUAAUACAACAAAUGCCAAAGCCUAGUCGAUUAGUUCUGGUAUUACUUUAUAACAAUGUUGAAAUGUUGAAAUUCACUGGCAUGUUUCAAUCAAUAUCUAACCAUAUUCUGGGAAUUACUAAAAAGUGGAAUCAACUAUUGCUGCAGAAAGGCAUACACGGAAAGCAAUUCCAAGAAAAUGGAUGUUAUCUUUAGACUUUCCUGCAACCUUUAUUGUACAGAUAACCUAACCUGAAUGUAUACUGUCUUAAAAACAGACACGUGUGU